CGCCACUCAGUUGUAAAGAAACACCACUUUAGCAGUGGGCUUUAUAAUUCUCUACAGGGAGUGAGUGCUCUCAUCCUAGCUAACUGACAGUGAAAAAGGGUUCUUACAUAGGUCCUAUUGGUGGUUACUUUUACAGGACACAUUUAUUGGGCGUAAGUAAGCAGAUUCAACAAGAGCUAAAAACUCGUCGAAACCAUUUGUAGAAAAUAUAGCUUAACAUUAGAAGUCUAGUGUCAUCACUAUCCAAGGACAUGGUCUUGCCGGGAACAGGAUUACCACAGUAUAGACUGUGAUGGAUAGCGACCAAAGUGGAGACGCCACCACUGGAUCUGCAAUUUCACUGGAGAUAAGCAUCAUGGGAAGGUUCCUGUUUUGGAUCUCUCUGUAGGACUGAGCCUAUGAGUGAGCCACUAUGGGGGACUGGAACUUGUUGGGCAAGCUGUUGGAGAGUGCCCAGGAGCACUCCACUGUAGUGGGCAAGGUCUGGCUGACCGUGCUCUUCAUCUUCAGGAUCCUGGUGUUGGGAGCUGCAGCUGAGAAGGUGUGGGGUGACGAGCAGUCUGGCUUCACCUGCGACACCAAGCAGCCUGGUUGUCAAAAUGUCUGCUAUGACAAGACUUUCCCCAUCUCUCACAUCCGCUUCUGGGUGCUGCAGAUCAUCUUUGUGUCCACGCCCACUCUGAUCUACCUGGGCCACAUCCUGCACCUGGUGCGCAUGGAGGAGAAACAGAAGCAGAAGGAGAAAGACUUGGCUGCGCAGCUGGCCAUCCACAAUGACAAGCAGCAGCUGCUGCCCGACACUAAGCCCAAGAAGCCCCCAGUCCGGGACGAUCAGGGCCGCAUCCGCCUGCGAGGGGUCCUGCUGCGCACCUAUGUCUUCAACAUCAUCUUCAAGACCCUGUUUGAGGUGGGAUUUAUCGUAGCUCAGUACCUGCUGUAUGGGUUUGAGCUGAAGCCACUGUACACCUGUAACCGCUCUCCCUGCCCCAACGUGGUGAACUGCUACAUCUCCAGGCCCACAGAAAAGACAAUCUUCAUCCUCUUCAUGCUGGCAGUGGCGUUCAUCUCACUGCUACUGAACCUAGUCGAGAUGUAUCACCUGGGGUUCACCAAGUGCCGCCAGGGCCUCCGGUAUAGACGUGCCCAGUCCACAUUUGAGGCAGGGUACAAGGCCCCCAGCGAGGCAGUAGUGCCCUUUGACCCGAACUAUAACUACUUCCCCGGGCACCACCCAGCCCCCGAGCCCUACCAUGCAGACGAGUACAUCUUAACUGAGCCUGACACUGCCUACCACCCCUACGGCAGCAAAGUGGCUUACAAGCAGAACAGAGACAACCUGGCCGUAGAGAUGAACAGUAAACCAGAAGGGGGUGACACCACAGAAAGGAAAGGCUCCAGUUCUGCUCCAGGGUCGCCUGCAGAGAACCAACGGCGACCCAGUCGAUCCAGCAAGCACAGCAAUAAUAAGACUAGACUAGACGAUCUAAAGAUCUGAGGGACAGUUAUGGCGCAUUUCCACCACAGGGUUUUAUACAGUGGCUUGGCCUACAGAUCUAAACUUUUGUGUUUCCACCUGAGGUGGCGGGAAAAAAGUAUUGGGCCUUGGACCUAAUCUGACUUGGGGCCAGACCAGAGCGGGACUGUUGGAGAUGCAUUAAAGCUGGAAUUCUUAAUGGUGAAACUGCCACGGCUGUUUGCGAUAUUACAACAAAGAAGUUACUGCAAACAAACCCUGUUUUCCCCCUUCUGACAUCAUUGCACACAUGAUAGCACAUCAGCAUAUGUAUUGGAAUUUUUUGGACAAUUUCCCAAGUAUAAAACCAGGGUUUUACACCACACAGGUAUCAGUCAAAACACAGCAUUAGCCCAUUUCCACACCCUAAACAUCACCCUGUACCAAAGUAGACAAUGUGCAUUUCAUAGGAAACAUUGUAUCAGGAGAGCAAGGUUAGGGAAGGAACAAUAUGGAAGAUCAUCUUUUCUCCUCUCGUGAUAUUCUCUACAAGAAUGGAGUCAUGUCUGCCUUAUCUAAAAAAUAAAUAAAAAUGUACACCAGAUUUGACAUGAAUAAGAAACAUUUUAAAGAUAACAUUUGAGGGGUGAAAACAAAGACUUAAAGCAGGAUAAAAUCCCAUUUGUCAGGGUCCAGUUAACAAAAACCUUUUGUAGACGCUUAUGAUCAUUUUGUUUACUUGUU